AUGAAAUUGUUCACCCUCUUCGCUCUUAUCUUCCUGGUAACAGCCAACGAUAUAGUUGUCAUUCCAGAUAAUAUCCAAAAAAUAUUGAAUCAAAGUCCUGAAAUAAAAAAAUCUUUGAUCGCAAAGAAACUCUUAGGGAACGAGAAACCAUUCGAGAGAUUUCAAGAUUUAAAUCAGGUUUUAGAUAAAAGUGAUCGUAUCAAAGAUUCCAUAUAAUUUAUCAAAGUGGCCUAGAACACCUACAACACCUCCAGCUCCAAUUAUACCUACCCUAAUUCAACAUACAACUACACUUACACUAAUUAUUCUUAGCCUACCAGCUCUUAUGUAUAUAGUAAUCAGAGUAAUGGAUCAAAUUCUACAAAUUAGACAAAUUCCACAUAUUCAAAUAAUUAUUACUAUAAUACUUCAUAUCCAGUUUAAAACACUAGUGUCAAUAAUUAUGUGACCUCUGACAAUCAAAGCUCUACAAAUAGCACUAAUUCUGCUAGCCUAACCUGUUCAGUUGGAUAUUUCUUAUAAAACAAUGACUGUUUACCUUGUAUGGCUAAUUGUGCCAUUUGUGGUUCAUCCUAAGGCUGUUACUCUUGUUUCUCUGGUUAUUCAUUAUUUACAACAGGUUGUUACUUGGACAUUACUUAGAAUUCCACCAGUAAUUCAUCAGUAAUUUUGGAUACUUCAACUAAUACUAAUAUUACAAACUACAAUUAUAAUGAUACAUCUUAUAACACUACUGAUAAUACAUAUGAUAACUCAACAUCAUAUAAUAAUACUAACAAUAAUUAUACAAAUGAUGAUUAAACAUAUUAGAAUUAGACCUAUAAUAAUUAAACAUAUCAUAAUCAUUCAGAUAUAUCAAGAGUAAGAGAAAGAUUUAAUUAAUCAAGAGUUCAUCUUAAAUUAAGAGAUAACCUCAAUAGAAAUGGUAUUACAAACUUGACUUAAAUAAUUUCUUAUUACAACCAGUCCAGUCAAUAAUACAACAAAAUAGUUCUUUUCAAUGAAGCUACAACUGGCACAAAGCAAGUUCGUAAUUAAUACUAUUUUUAUCAAAAUAAUAGUUUAGUUGUCUUGAAUUAAGAAUUUGAUACUAAUGGAAAUAUUGUUUAUAGAUCCAUCAAUUAUGAUUUCUCAAUUUAUGUUUAAAAAGAAUAAGGUUCACUAAAUUAACACUAAAAUAAAGAAAUUUAUGGAACUAUUGUGUAUGGAAAUGGUAACUUCAAUGCAACCUACUAUAAGUAUAACGAUUUACAAGGAUAACAAAAUUAAUCAUAUUUCGAUAUGGGAUAAUAAUCGACUGGAUAGGUCAACUACAAUAGGAAUUCAAGUGUGGCUUCUGUUUCUUAUAAUAAUAAUACUUUUGGAUACUAAAGUUCUUAUUCAAGCAAUUAUGAUUACAAUCAAAGCAAUGAGUUCUAAAAUUAUUCAAAUUCUAAUAGUCAAUAUGAAAAUUAAAAUAACUAUUCAAGAUAUGUAAACUUUGACUAACAUUAUUCAAAUUCUAGCUCAUCCUAUUCCAAUAAUGAUUCAUCAUAUGAAUAUAACGAUGAAUAUGCAUACUCAAAUGGAACAGGAUAUGAAAAGGAAAAUAACUAGGAGUCACAUUAAUAAGCAAAUGGUUAUAGUGAAAGUGUAAACUAUAACGGAAAUAAAUAAUCAUAUUCAUCAAAUUCUAGCUCAACUGAUUAUAGGGAUUCUUCGCAAGAUGGUGUAUAUUCUUAGAAUUACUCAUUGGUUAACUAAACUUAAUUCUAAUAUAAUACAAAUAGUAGCUCAAAUGAUUAUUAAAGUGAUUGGUAUAGUUACUCAUAGUCUGAUUAUUCUAGUCAAUACAAAAACAUAGAUUCAACAGAAGUGUCUAACAAUGAUUAUAUCUACAAUGUUUCUAACAUUAAUGGAUACAAGUCUAAUAGUAAUUCUCACUCAUAAUACGGAAGUGAAUAUGGUUCAAGUAUCCUUGAUUCUGUUGACGCUCACUCUGUUUAAGUUACCAAUGAUAAUACCACAGUAACCAACGUUAAUGCUACUCUCAACUAAUACAACUCUACAAAUACGAAUUAUUAUGGAUAUCCUCAAUAUAAUUCAUCAUAAGCAUCAAGAGAUGUCAAUCUUACAGUUACUGAAAAUAGACAAUAAUUUAAUUAAUUGAGAGGAUCAAAGAAAUCAGCUACAGGUUCAUGGUCAGAAGUUAACCAAAGAGAGUUUGCUAGCUCUAAUGCAUAAAUAAUCGAAGAAGCUAGAUUGGCAAUCAACAAGAAAUUCUAACCUGAACAAGAAGGAUUCUAAUUUGAUUCAAUCUAAAGCAUUAAAGAAUAGAUUGUUGCUGGAAUCAACUAUAAUAUCAAAUUAAGAUAUUUGGAUGCUAAUUCCAAAUCAAUCAUCUAUGAAGUUGUACUUUACACAAUACCUUGGGCUAAUCAACCAAAUUAAAUCGUCAGUUGUUCCAGAUUUGAUUAACUAGAAAUAUGAAUUUGAUUUAUAUUUCAUCAACAAAAUACAAAAUCCAUCCAAUUUUUU